AUGCGUAAACCUCCUAAAGUAACGUUUAAUUUGGACAAGAAUGAUGAGCAAAAUUCGAGUAGUGACGAUGAAGGCGUUAGAGCAUUCUCAGCAGUUGCCGGCUAUGUCGAAUCUGACGUCGAAUUGUCGGAUGAUGACAUGCCAGAAGCCAUCAGGGCAACCUCCGAAAAUUGCCCUGGAUUUGGGAUGAAGCCAAACACCGAGCCGGAAGAGAGAGAAUUAUCAGAUUUUAUUCUAAAUAAUCCAACUUGUAGUUCGGACGAAGACGAUGGACCGCCAGGACUUUUACUCGACAGCUCUAAAGAGGACUACGAUUUUGACCUACCCAAGGAUGGACCCCUGGGACCCCUACUCGACAGCUCUAGUGAGAUGACUACGAUGUCCUACCCGACCUAA